AUGAGUGUUGGUCUCUUUUCCACAUUCCACCACCCCUUUGUGCGAAGGUUUGCAAAUUUCUACGCUUCAGGAAAAUCAAAGCUUACAAGUGUUAUAUUCCUUUCAAAACCUGAGGUUGGGGUUGAUCAAAAGUAUGCUGACGGGAAAAAUGGCAGUAUCUGGGUUCGCAAGGCUAAGUCAAAAGAAGUCAACCCUGACGUAGAGUAUGCGAACGGGAAGCGUCCUGGAGGCGCUGUUUGGAUCUGUGAAGCCAAGAAGCCUGUGAAAGAAGUCGAUCCUGAUACAGAAUACACCAAUGGGACAGGCCUUGGAGGCGCUGUCUGGGUCCGCAAACUCAAGAAGCCCGUCAAGGACGAUGGCACAGGCCUCAAAGGCGCAGUCGGGGCUUGCAGAGUCAAGGAAUUCAAUCCUGAUACCAAAUAUGCCGACGGAAUAGGUCUCGGAGGCACUGUUUGGCUGAAGGACGUUAAAGCUGAUGGGGAGGACGAUGGUUUUGGUCUUGGAGAUUUAUAUGCCCAAGACGAACACGGUUGGCCCAACAUCAGGAAAAAAUGGACUUGCAAUAUUGGGCUCUAUGUGAUCUCUAUUGUUCAAGGUAGUUUGAGAAUUCCACUAAAAGCAGAGUUGGCUUAUUCUACACAUUCAUAUUAUAAUUUAUCGAGAGUUACCACUACACCAGCGGAUAAUAUCUUUACACUGAAUGUUAUGUCGACCCAUAAAUGA